AUGAACAGUCUGACAAUCGAGGGCUCAGGAGAGGUUUAUAGUGAGGAGGUUACGAAGUACCCAUUUCAGACCAUCGGCUCUGUCCCGACUGAGAACCCCGUCUCCGUAGAGGAGGAGGGUGAAGAUAGGCCCCUGUCGUACCGGAUCAGUGAGUUCACAUCGCCAUUCUACACCGCAUUCAAAGUACCUACCUCCAAGUCGCCACCUCGUAGCGAUUUGUCCAAGGAAAUGCUUGAUGGUGCUGAUCUGGUCCCGGAUAUUUCCGUCGGGGGAGCCUUGAGAGAUUCUCAAGAGAAUGGAACACACCUGAUACAUGACAUGUAUGAGGAAGAUUGGUACGAUAUGAGGCGCAUCUGGUACAGCUGGACAGGUGGCGCUAUACGAGACGGCCGCUGCUGA